AUUCACUCUACACUCAAAAACACCCACACACACACUCCCGUUUGACCAAAACUCCAGUCUCGUGGACCUCACACCAUUCCUCACUGAAACACCGAGCACCGCCACUGCUGAUUCCUAGAUCUCACUCUCUUUUUCAAGCUCUUCUUUCAUGGCGAUUGAGUCGUUUUCGACAUUUCUCUCGAUUAAUUUGUAAAAAAAAGUUUGACAGAAAGCUUUCCGGUAUACAAACGGAGUUUUGUUAAAUGGCGGAGACGACGGAGGCGUCCAAGGCAAUGCCGGCGCAAGCAGAGAAGAGAAAGGAGCAGAGUAUUCCGUUCUACCAACUGUUUUCAUUCGCGGACAAGUUCGAUUACGCUCUCAUGAUUUUAGGUAGCAUCGGUGCCAUUAUUCACGGAUCCUCCAUGCCUUUCUUCUUCCUCUUGUUCGGACAAAUGAUUAAUGGCUUCGGAAAAAACCAAUCGGAUUUGAACACCAUGACUCACGAAGUUUCAAAGUAUGCUCUGUAUUUCGUCUAUCUCGGAUUGGUAGUGUGCAUAUCGUCAUACGCAGAAAUCGGAUGUUGGAUGUACACCGGAGAAAGGCAAGUGAGCACGUUGAGGAAGAGAUAUUUGGAAGCAGUUUUGAAACAAGACGUUGGAUUUUACGAUACAGAUGCAAGAACAGGAGAUAUCGUUUUUAGUGUCUCCACUGAUACUCUACUUGUCCAAGACGCCAUUAGCGAGAAGGUGGGGAACUUUAUCCAUUAUCUCUCGACAUUUUUGGCUGGAUUGGUUGUUGGUUUCGUUUCCGCAUGGAAGCUAGCUCUUCUAAGUGUCGCAGUCAUCCCCGGAAUCGCAUUUGCAGGUGGAUUAUACGCUUAUACUCUUACAGGUCUCACUUCCAAAAGCCGUGAAUCCUAUGCCAAUGCUGGCAUCAUCGCUGAACAGGCAAUUGCACAAGUAAGAACAGUGUAUUCCUAUGUGGGAGAAACCAAAGCACUCGAUUCAUAUUCAGAUGCAAUACAACACACCCUGAAACUGGGAUACAAAGCAGGAAUGGCGAAGGGAUUGGGAUUGGGAUGCACAUAUGGAAUCGCAUGCAUGUCAUGGGCACUUGUGUUUUGGUAUGCGGGUGUAUUUAUUAGGAAUGGGCAGACAGACGGUGGAAAAGCAUUUACAGCAAUCUUCUCCGCCAUUGUUGGUGGAAUGAGUUUGGGUCAGUCGUUUUCGAAUCUUGGAGCAUUCAGCAAAGGGAAAGCUGCUGGAUAUAAAUUACUGGAAAUCAUUAAGCAAAAACCGACUAUAGUUCAAGAUUCUACUGAUGGGAAAUGUUUGACCGAGGUCAACGGGAAUAUUGAAUUUAAGGAGGUGUCUUUUAGUUACCCUUCAAGGCCGGAUGUUCUUAUCUUUAAAGAGUUUUCCAUUUUCUUCCCGGCUGGAAAGACAGUUGCGGUGGUUGGUGGUAGUGGGUCCGGUAAAAGCACAGUUGUUUCUCUAAUCGAGAGGUUUUAUGACCCUAAUCAAGGUCAAAUCUUGCUAGAUGAAGUGGACAUCAAAACCCUCCAACUAAAAUGGCUUCGCGACCAAAUCGGUCUAGUCAACCAAGAACCGGCACUCUUCGCCACCACAAUCCUCGAAAACAUCCUCUACGGAAAACCCAACGCCACCACAUCCGAAGUGGAAGCCGCCACGUCAGCCGCCAACGCGCAUUCCUUCAUCACCCUCCUCCCAAACAGCUACAACACCCAAGUCGGCGAACGCGGAAUCCAACUUUCCGGUGGUCAAAAACAACGCAUCGCAAUCGCAAGAGCCAUGUUAAAAAACCCUAAAAUCCUCCUCUUAGACGAGGCCACAUCCGCCCUCGAUUCCGCCUCCGAAAACAUCGUCCAAGAAGCUCUCGACCGCUUAAUGGUCGGAAGAACCACCGUAGUAAUCGCACACCGCCUUUCCACCAUUAGAAACGUCGAUUCCAUCGCAGUAAUCCAACAAGGACAAAUCAUCGAAACCGGGACCCACGAGGAACUUAUUUCCCGCCCAGGGGCGUAUUCGUCAUUAAUCCGGUUCCAAGAAAUGAUCGGGAACCGCGAUUUUUCAAACCCGUCGACUACUCACCGGACGCGUUCAUCGCGAUUGAGCAAUUCGUUGUCUACAAAAUCUUUAAGUCUUCGAUCCGGAAGCUUGAGGAAUUUGAGUUAUCAGUAUAGUACGGGUGCGGAUGGGCGGAUUGAAAUGAUAUCGAAUGCGGAAACGGAUCGGAAAAACGGAGCUCCGAGUGGGUAUUUUUUUAGGCUUUUGAAAAUGAAUGCACCCGAGUGGCCCUAUUCGAUUAUGGGUGCGGUUGGGUCGAUUUUAUCCGGGUUUAUUGGUCCGACUUUUGCGAUUGUUAUGAGUAAUAUGAUUGAGGUUUUUUACUUUGAUAACCCUGCGAGAAUGGAGAGAAAGACAAAAGAGUAUGUUUUUAUAUAUGUUGGAGCUGGUUUAUACGCGGUUGUUGCGUAUUUAAUCCAACAUUAUUUCUUUAGUAUCAUGGGUGAGAAUCUCACUACAAGAGUUCGGAGAAUGAUGCUUUCAGCGAUAAUGAGAAAUGAAGUUGGGUGGUUCGAUGAGGAGGAGCAUAACUCGAGUCUAGUGGCAGCGAGGUUAGCAACAGAUGCAGCAGACGUGAAAUCCGCGAUAGCUGAGAGGAUCUCUGUUAUAUUACAGAACAUGACGUCACUUCUGACGUCAUUUGUAGUCGCUUUCAUUGUCGAAUGGAGGGUUUCACUUCUGAUUCUCGCUACUUUUCCUCUUCUUGUUCUCGCUCAUUUUGCACAGCAACUUUCUCUCAAAGGCUUCGCCGGAGACACAGCAAAAGCCCACGCAAAAACAAGCAUGAUCGCCGGAGAAGGAGUAAGCAACAUCAGAACAGUAGCAGCCUUCAACGCCCAAGACAAAAUCCUCUCCCUAUUCUCCGACGAACUCCGUCUCCCCCAAACACAAAGUCUUCGCCGGAGUCAACUUUCCGGCAUCCUAUUCGGCAUCUCACAACUCUCUCUCUUCGCAUCGGAAGCCCUAAUCCUCUGGUACGGCGCCCACCUCGUUACCAAAGGCCUCUCCACCUUCUCAAAAGUCAUCAAAGUCUUCAUCGUGUUGGUAAUAACUGCAAACUCAGUAGCUGAGACUGUCAGCCUCGCCCCGGAAAUCAUUCGGGGCGGUGAAGCCAUCGGUUCGGUUUUCUCGAUCCUCGAUCGACAAACUCGAAUCGACCCGGACGAUCCCGACUCCGACGUGGUCGACACUGUCCGAGGAGAAAUCGAGCUUCGUCAUGUCGAUUUCUCAUACCCGUCGAGACCUGAUGUUCCCGUUUUCAAAGACUUCAGUCUGAGAAUCCGGUCCGGUCAGAGCCAGGCUCUGGUCGGACCGAGCGGGUCAGGAAAAAGCUCGGUAAUCGCGUUGAUCGAGCGUUUCUACGACCCGACCGCUGGAAAAGUUAUGAUCGAUGGAAAAGAUAUCCGGCGGUUAAACCUAAAAUCUCUUCGGUUAAAAAUCGGUCUAGUCCAACAAGAACCCGCGUUAUUCGCCGCCACGAUAAUGGAAAACAUCGCGUACGGGAAAGCCGGAGCCACCGAGGCGGAGGUUAUUCAGGCGGCAACCGCCGCUAACGUCCAUACAUUCGUUUCCGGGUUGCCGGAAGGUUACAAUACUCCGGUUGGCGAACGCGGUGUUCAACUCUCUGGAGGUCAAAAACAAAGAAUCGCGAUCGCUCGAGCCGUUUUAAAAAAUCCAGCAAUUCUGUUACUAGACGAAGCGACCAGCGCACUGGACGCUGAGUCAGAGUGCGUCCUUCAGGACGCACUCGAGCGACUCAUGAGAGGUAGGACGACUGUCCUGAUUGCACACCGUCUGUCGACCAUCAGAGGGGUCGACAGUAUCGGUGUGGUUCAAGAUGGGAGGAUUGUUGAACAAGGUAGCCAUGGGGAACUUAUUAGCCGACCCGAAGGGGCUUACUCUAGGCUCUUGCAACUACAACAACAUCCUAUGUGAUUGUGAUGUAACUUUUAAGAGUUAAGGGGUGGUUUUACGUAGAAGGAAAAUAGUAAAUUGUGCAUUUUUUUUGGGGUUUCCAGUCGUUAUGUUUGGUCGAUUGGUUACAUAUUAACUACCCUACCCCCAACACUUUGUAAUUGAAUGCUUGUUGUGUUUAUUAAGUUUUUAUAAUCCUUUAUAAUGGAUGG